AUGGCACAGACUAGGAAAGAAGCAGGGGACAGCUGCUUGGUGUCCGAUAGAGAGCCAUCACGUAUCAUCAGAGUGUCUGUCAAGACUCCGCAGGACUGCCAGGAAUUUAUGCUGGCAGAAAAUAGCAGCGUCCGUCACUUCAAGAAACAGAUCUCCAAACGCCUUCACUUAGACACUGACCGACUGGUGCUCAUCUUCACUGGAAAGAUCCUCCGGGAUCAAGACAUUCUGAGCCAACGUGGCAUCCUUGAUGGAACUACGGUCCACUUGGUGGUGAGGACCCGUGUGAAAGGAACUCUGUCUACUCCCACAACUCUGCCAGAUUCUGUAGGCCACUGCGCCCAUCGUUCUGAACCCUCUGCCUCAGAGAGUGCUGGGAUGGUGUCCAGGCUGGGCUGGCUCGCCCGGAGCUCACCUGAUCUGGCUGACUUCUUUGGCCAGCUGGCUCAACUCCUGAUGGCUGCACCGGAGCCUGUGGUACAGUUCUUGGAAGACCCUCUGGUUCAAGGCCUGGCAAGUGAAAAACCAGCCAAUACCAGCCAUGUUCCUGCAUCCUCAAGGCCAGUACAGAAACCUGAGCCUGCUCUUAAGACUCUAGAAACCUUGCAGAAUCCAGCCCAACAUCAGGCAGUCCUUCAGGCAAACAAGCCAGGGCUAGAGGCCUUGAAAGCAGUGCCAGGUGGUGACAAUGCUCUGCGUCCCGUCUGCUCUGAUAUCCAACAGCUCAUGCUCUUCACUCUGGCCCCACUGGUUGCUUCCAGAACCCACAACCCAGGUUCAGAGCUUUGCAGAGGGGAGGCCAAUGCUCACAGCAGUACUGACACCACCGCUGCCUCUGCACCUAUCAGGUCAUUGACACAGGGGGUCAGUGCAGGAGUAGUCGCCCAGGCCAAGGGCAUGGCCUCAAACCAAGCCAAUUCAGGGUGCAGGACUGGUAUGCCAGACUCAUAUUCAGGCCAAGAUCUUUCCUCCCAGGAUGGUCAGCAGCCCAUAGGGAAAGCCACUCUAACCAGUGAGCUGAGACCCUCACCCUGUGCCUUACGUAGAGCCUUGCAUGUCCUUCAGCAAAAUCCAGCUUUGCUACACCAGCUGGCUACUGGCAGCCCCCUGCGGCAUCACAUACCACUGCUUCCCAUCCUCACCAACCCACGAGCACUGCAGGCAUUGAUACAGAUAGAAAAGGGCCUGCAGAUACUGUCCAGGGAGGUGCCUGGUCUGGGACCUUGUUUAUGGGGCUCAGGUAGACCACAUGGGGCAACAGAAGCCCCUGAAACUAGGAGUGCAGGACAGGGUCACAGAACAGACCCUGUGCAACCCACUGUGGCUGUUCUUCAGCUUCUCCGUGCUCUGGCCAGCGCCUGCCCGCAGUCUACCCAAUCCUCACUAUCCUCAGCGGAAAGCAGAUACCAGCAAGAACUGGAGCAUCUGAAGGCCAUGGGUUUUGCUAACCGUGAUGCCAACCUGCAGGCCCUGAUGGCUACAGGUGGAGACCUCCAUGCUGCCAUUGAGAGGCUGCUGGGGGAAUCAGAGGCCUAG